AUGACGGACCAACAAGCUGCGGAACAGCCACCGCAGGGCGUGGCGUCUGCAUCGAUGUCGGCGGACUAUGAUGCUCCAAAGAAAAAAAUGACGAACAAGCAACUCGCACUUGUCAUGUUGGCCCUGUGUCUCGCCGUCUUUUGCCAGGCUCUCGACACCACCAUCAUUGCGACCGCCAUUCCGAGCAUUACCACCGAGUUCAACUCGCUCGACGACGUGGGCUGGUAUGGAUCGUCCUACUUGCUUGCCAACUGCAGCUUCCUGCUGCUCUACGGAAAGCUCUACAACCUGUUUCCAGUCCACUGGGUGUUUCUCGUGGCUCUCGGUAUCUUUGAGCUCGGCAGUCUUGUGUGCGGUGUCACUCCCACCUCUGUUGGCUUAAUCAUCGGUCGAGCUAUUCAGGGCAUUGGUGCUGGUGGGAUUCUCUCUGGCGCUACACUGAUCAUUGCUGCCUUGUUUCCCCUGGAUAAGCGACCGAUGUACCAGGGCUCCCUUGGCUCCAUGUACGCUCUCGCCAGUGUCGCCGGUCCUCUUCUAGGAGGAGUCAUUACCGAAUAUGUUACUUGGCGUUUGUGCUUCUACAUCAACCUCCCGAUCGGUCUCGUGGCCGCCGUCAUCAUCGUCGCCUUUACCCGAGGACUUAAGGCCCCCGACAGCCCGACUCUCUCUUUUAGAGAAAAGGUGAUGAGUCUGGAUCCUUUCGGCAUCCUCCUGUUCCUCCCCAUGAUUAUCUGUCUUCUCCUUGCCAUUAUGUGGGGAGGCAGCACAUACCCAUGGAGCAAUGCACGCAUCAUCGUCCUGUUUGUUCUCGGCGGCCUGCUGCUCAUUGGCUUUGUCUGGCUUCAGGUGCACGAGUCUGACCGCGCCAUGGUGCCUCUGAGCGUCGCCAGGGACAGGACUGUCUGGGCAAGCUGUGUCUUUAGCUUCUUUCUCUUUGGCAGCCUUCUCGUUCUGACCUACUACCUCCCGAUCUGGUUCCAGGCCAUCAAGGGCAGUACUGCCUCUGAGAGUGGAAUUCGUAUUCUUCCUCUGUUGCUUGGCAGUGUGGUUCUGUCUUUGGUUGGAGGAGUCCUCGUGUCGGUGAAUGGCUACUACACUUGGCUGUGCAUUCUUAGUAGUGUCUUAGUCAGCGUGGGAAGUGGACUGAUGACAACAUUCAAACCCAGUAGUGGCAUUGGAAAGUGGAUCGGAUACCAGGCCAUCUACGGUGCAGGUAUUGGAUUCGGCAUGCAGCAGCCGCUCAUUGCAAUCCAAGCUGCUCUCCCCGAGAAACAGGUUGCCGAGGGCACAUCUCUCAUCAUUUUCAUCCAAACCUUUGGUGGCGCGAUCCUUCUCUCUGUUGGCCAGAGCCUGUUCACCAACAGCCUCGUCCGCAACGUUGCCAAGGCUGACCUGCCUCUGGAUCCAUCGUCUCUGCUCUCUGGCGGCGCCACGAACCUCGACCGUCUUAUCGCACCAGAGUAUCUCGAACAGCUUCGCGAAGCAUACAACGACGCCAUUAUUGAGACCUUUUACGCAGCUGUGGCCACUGCCGCCCUCAGCCUCAUAGGCAGUGUUUUCAUGCCAUGGUUCAGCGUCAAAAAGGUCAAGCAGCAGCGCGAAGCGGCCAAGGCAGAGGCGUCCGAGGCGCCUAAGGACAAGGUCAACGGAACUUCUUCUGGAGCGGGUGAGGUUGCAGAGACCAAAACCGAAGCUGCCUAA